GGGAGGAGGGAAAGUUCAGCCCAGCUCCAGGCGAGGGGAAGCUGACGAUUGCUUUGUAGAUUCUUGAGCAGGAAAGAAAGACAAAGAGAAAAAACCUGGUCUUCUAUUCUGGCAAAUCUCUUUUUUUCUUUUUUUAAUUCUGAAUUCCUCCAUUUAUCUCUUCCUCCUCCAGGUUCUUCUUUACCCCAUCUCAUUCUAAGCUUAGUCUCCCUUUUCAUUCUACUUUUCCAAGUCCCCAUUUUUACAGGCACCCAUGUCCUUUUCCAGCUACCCUAAAAAUUUCUUUCUUGUAAUCCAUUAGUCUCUCUCUCUCUCUCUCUCUCUCUCAUAUAAUACAUUCAUUUACAUAAGCAUCUAGAAGAGAAGAAGAGAAGAGGAGAAGUUAAGCUUCCAUUCCAUCCCUCUUUUCCUACUCUAGAGCUAUCUGAGCACACAAAAGAGAAGGCAUGGGGAGAGCUCCUUGCUGCGACAAAGCCAAUGUUAAGAAGGGGCCAUGGUCACCUGAAGAAGAUGCCAAGCUCAAGUCUUAUAUCGAGCAGCAAGGCACCGGUGGCAACUGGAUUGCCUUGCCCCAGAAGAUUGGUCUCCGGCGAUGCGGGAAGAGCUGCCGCCUUCGAUGGCUGAAUUAUCUUCGCCCCAACAUCAAACAUGGAGGAUUCUCUGAAGAAGAAGAUAACAUAAUUUGCAGUCUCUACAUCAGUAUCGGAAGCAGGUGGUCAAUCAUAGCAGCUCAACUCCCAGGAAGAACUGACAACGACAUAAAAAACUACUGGAACACAAGGCUGAAGAAGAAGCUCUUGGGUAAGCAGCGUAAGGAGCAACAUUCUCGUAGGCUCAGCUGCCUUAAACAACAAGAGACCAAGAACCCCAGUGAGAAUCUUGUGCCUCCUGAGUGUGGCAACCAAAACCCAUAUUGGCCGGAGCAGCCCAUGGCCGGCGGCGCACCUUUAUCACAACGGAUCACCCAAGACUCAUUGCUCAACGACCAUUUUUCCAUCAAUUUGCCACCCAUAAACUGCUUGAGCAACAUGGGUUUUCAAUUCCAGAGCAAUCAGUUCGACAUCGACAUUACGGCGGCCAAUAUGCAUCAUAUGCUGCAAGGAGAGCUUAAUGAGAACCAGAAUAACCUGGUCAUGGUGGAUGAAAUGGUCUAUAACAACCCACAAAGAUUAGAGGGACUGGAGUACUGCCUUUACAAUGCUGGAAUGGUAAAUGAAAGCUCAGCCGCCAUGACCUCUUUGGCUUACCCUACAUUAGUCCCAGACUAUGAAGUUUGCCAGCAAGCCAUGCUACAAGGAUGUGCUUUGGAGGAGCCCAGGUACCUCGGGCUACCGCAGUAGCUGCACCGUACAUGGGGAUUUGAUGGUGUAAAUUUUGUAUCAGUAGGUGGGGAGGGGAAGAUGGUGUUUGGAUUCUCAGAGGAUAACCCUAAUAAUAAACUCAACUCUGUUGCUUAUUUUGUAAUUUUGAGCUUUCCUUAUCCCUCUGAUAGUACUGUUUCUAAUAUUUAUUAGCUGCUAUGCACAAGGAUUCACUUGUUUGAAUCUCUUUUCGAGUA